CUGCAGCCAGUAGUACGAAAGAAACGAAACAAAGAUCGAGAGGGAGCUAAAAGGACACUUCAAAUCCAACCACACCUUUAUACAUGUGGCUUUUUCACUUGUUGUGGGCUUGCAGCGCAUUUUCUUUGCCUCGACUCGCAGUUGUCCUUGUUUUACUUCUUCUUCUUCUUCUUCUUUCGGUUGCUCCAGUUUUACUGAGCUCGUAUUUUUGUAAACGUCUUGCUAUGGCUUCGAGACGAGAUAAAACGAAACGAGAUAAAGCGAGCGCAGAUUCCUCUUCACCCCCAGGUUUUCGUGGCUUAUAUAACCAAGGAUCAACUUGCUACCUGAACACUGUGCUGCAGACGCUAUUCAUGACCCCUGCAUUUAGACAUGCCAUCUACAGGUUAGGUGCCAAUUGCAGUGAUACCAAGCCAAUAAUACUGGAGCUUAAGAAGUUAUUUGAAGAGCUACAGUUUGGAAAGCAGAGUGUUAGUACGAGAGGAAUCACAAAGAGCCUUGGAAUAACAGACGUGUGGGUCCAACGAGAUGCAGAAGAAUAUUUCCAGAAAAUUCUUACCCAAGUUGGAGGUGAAAUUUUAGAGAUCUACCAGAGUUGUGUUUUAAGCAUCACAACGUGUGGGAGAUGUCAAACAUCUCAGCAAGAGAGUAACACAUACCUGAGUAUUCCACUGGCCUUGAAUCCUGGCAUAGCAGGUUGUUACUCUGUGGAGAAUGGUCUCGAGCAGUUUUUGAUAACUGAACAUUUACGAGGAGAAAACCAGAUUUACUGUGAUAACUGUGAAGUCAAAACUGACGCAGAAAUUAAAUUGUGCUUUCAAUGUAUGCCUAAGAUUCUCACUCUUCAGCUGAAAAGAUUUGAGUUUGAUUGGAUUCAGAUGUGCCAUGUUAAAAAUCAAAGAGCAGUGGAGAUCCCAGAGAUACUGAAGUUCACUCAGGAUGGAACUGUAUGGAGUUUCAAAAAGGACUCAGCACAGAACUCUGUUGUUUAUGAACUUUUUGCAAUAUUUCAUCAUUCAGGAGGCUACAGAGGGGGUCAUUACACAGCUGAUGUCAGAUUACACGAGACAGAAGACUGGUACAGCUUUGACGAUUCUUGUGUGUACUUACAGAAUAAUAAGAAAACCAAACAUAAGCAAAGAUCUCACACUGCCUAUGUCCUAAUGUACAGAAGAGGUGACACAGGAUAUUUGAUAUCUGACAAAACACGUUUUUCAGAAAUUCUACAGACGGAAGACAUACCAAUUGAUGAGAGCUCAGGGAUUACAAACAAUUCCCAGAACUCCAAAAAGAAGAAGACAGAAAGCCCACCGUUCACGCAAGGAAAUAAUGGCGACAUUGAACAUGAAAGGAAGAAAAGGGCAAAUGUAAAAGUUGCUGGAUUUCAGGAAGGUAUGAGAUCACAACAAAGUCCAGAAACUGAAGACUUUUCAAGCUCACCAAGUACUUCCAGUUACUCUCUUAAAUCCAUCAAUCAUGACAUCCAUGAAGUACACCAGGACACUGCUUUAAGAAAUGUUGGGACUGACAGAAAAGAACAAGAACAAGGGUUGGAUUUUCAUGCAUGCUAUACUCCAAGUUAUGAUAAGAAAAAUAAACCUUCAAACCCUAAGUCUAAUACUAAGACCAAAUGUAACCUCAUUGAAAACAGUGGCCUGAAGAAAAAAAUUCCUGACAUUAACGGAGACUGUGGUGACAUGUGUAAAAUUACUUUCCCAUAUUUUCCAAAAAAAAGGCAAGCUAGAGGCUGUCCGAUGCCACAACCUGUGAAUAAAGUCAGAUCUAUUUCUGAAUGUAGCCGAGUGCUUAAAGGUAGAGACAGUACAAAAUUCCUGAGAAAUCAGCGAAAACUCAAACGCACAGCAAAAUACAGACAGCAACUUUCAAGAAACCCAAUUUGCUUUCAGAAAGGUCAAUCAAAAGAGUCUCGAAGUUCAGCCAUUAAAACCAACAAGAGGGGCAAGAAAUCCAAAAGUCUUCAUUCCCGGUCAGGCCAUGUUGAAAACUGUGAAAGUGAAUUAAACAGGAAUGAUACAGAAGAUUGUGCUGCUUUAAAGAAACAUCAAGAGCUUUCCAGUUCUUCUGUAGCCUCCCAAUUACUGAACAGAACAGAAGAUGGUGACUUCAGCAAGUCCAACAGUGCAGGUUUUGUAAAAGACAUGGAAAAUCUUAAUCUUGAACAAAGCUCUAGUGGAAUGUCUGAGACCAGGACCCCUCCUCGUGUGGAUCUUGUGGACCCCUUGGCUGAAACCAUGGGGAAUAAAGAAGCAGCACAAAGAAGUGAAGAAGCAUCUGAUGGACAUCAUGACAACGCUAGUAUUGAGAACACUGAUAUUGGGAAAUGUGCUUUGUAGUUUAUUUCACUGACCAACAUUUGUUACCAUAAUGGAUUCAAUUUAUGAAUUUUGCAGAUAUUAGUAUCUUUUUGCACAGGAUGUGAGGAGGAGCCAAAAGAGAGAGAUGGUCCCGAGUUGUCUCCAUCAGAGAUAGCAGUUGCUUGCUUCCUUGAUAGUGGCCUGUCAAAAGAGAGGAGUAUAGAUUUGGAUAGUUUUUUUUUAUAUCACAAAGAAAGCUUUCCAUGAUUUUGAUCAGGUCACUUUACUAAUAAAAGGCCAUAAACUGUAACAUUUGGAAGAGUGAAAUGACAAGCACCCAUUGCUACAGGUCCACUGUCCCUUAUGAAAAUUUUUCUAAAAUUUUAAAGAAAUUCUGGAAAAUGACAUUCCUGCACCAAAUUUGAAGCAAGGUCAGGGGUGCAACAGUAUUACAUAAGAACAUUAGAAAUUUGACAAACGAAAGGAGACCAUUGCAACAAUCAGUUGCUCAUUUGUUUAGUAAAUAGCUCAGCUGUCCUAGUUAUCUCAUCCAGAUUCUUCUUUAAGGUUGUCAAGAUUUUUGCUUCAACUCCAUGUCUUGGCAGUUUUUUUAAGAUUCACACUUGUGUAGAGAAGUGCUUCCCAGCUUCAGUUAUAUUUGCACUUCCCUUUAAUCUCUACUAGGUGUCCCCGAGUAUGUGAUUCACGCUUAAGCCAAUAGAAUUCUGCUGGAUCUGCUUUAUCAAUGCCUUUGUGGAUUUUGAACACCUAGAUUAGGUCCUCAUGUGGUCUCCAUUGCUCAGACUAAACAGGUUUAAUUCUCCGAGUCUGUCACAAUAUGACAUGUCCUUAAGUCCUGGGAUCCACCUGCUUGCUCUUCUCCUCAUAGUUUUCAGAUGCUGCUAUGUCUUUCUUUUGGUGUGGUGACCAGAGCGCCACACAAAACUACAGAUGUGGUCUCACUAGUGUGUUGUUGUAUCCAGCAGGGGGCACUAGCUCCCAUGUUGGAAUAAGUUCUUUUGUA